GAGGCUCCGCACUCCGCCGGUGUGUGUGUUACUGGGUGUGUGAGUGAGUGUGUGUGUGUGAGUGAGUGUGUGUGUGUGAGUGAGUGUGUGUGUGUGUGUGUGUGUGUGAGAGAGUCUGUGAGGACGAGGAUGAAGAUGAGUUGCAGUGUAUCAGGUCUGUAUCAGGUCUGAUGAUGCUGCUGCUGCUGAUCUCCAUCAAACUGCUGCUGCUGCUCUGCAUCCAGCGCCCAUCCACCAGCGUCCGGCUAAAGGAGGGAUGGCAGGUGUACAGUUCGGCGCAGGAUGCUGAUGGACGGUGUAUUUGUACCGUCGUCGCUCCGGAACAGAACCUUUGCUCCAGAGACGCCAAGAGCAAACAACUCCGAACUCUGCAGGAGAAGAUUCAGAACAUGUCCCAGUCUAUUGAAGUUCUGAACCUGAGGACUCAGAGGGAUUUUCAGUACGUUAUGAAGAUGGAGAGUCAGAUAAAAGGACUGAGAUCAAAACUCAGACAGGUGGAGACCAACCGGAGAACACUACCAACCAAGAACUUCCAGGAGCUAAAGGGGAAGAUGGCUGACCUGCAGCCGCUGGUUCCAGUACUGAACCAGUAUAAAGCCGACGCCGGUCUGAUCUCCCAGUUUAAGGAGGAGGUGAGGAACCUGUCGCUGGUUCUGACGGGGAUCCAGGAGGAGAUCGGAGCCUUCGAUUAUGAGGAGCUUCAGCACAGAGUCACCAACCUGGAGACACGACUGAGGAACUGCAUGAACAAACUCACCUGUGGUAAGCUAAUGAAAAUUAGCGGACCGAGCACCGUAAAGACUUCAGGAACCCGGUUCGGAGCCUGGAUGACCGACCCACAGGUGUCUACAGGAAGCAGCAAGGUUUGGUACAUGGACAGCUACACCAACAACAAGAUUGUCCGAGAGUACAAAUCCAUGAGUGACUUCAUCGCUGGGGUGGAGUCCAGGACCUACAAUCUGCCAUUUCAUUGGGCGGGAACCAACCACGUGGUCUACAACGGCUCCCUCUACUACAACAAGUACCAGAGCAACAUCAUCGUCAGGUACAGUUUCGAGAGUGGGCGAGUGGUCACCCAGCGAGCUCUGGAGUUCGCUGGCUUCCACAACGUUUACCCGUACACUUGGGGCGGAUUUUCCGACAUCGACCUGAUGGCGGACGAGCUGGGGCUUUGGGUGGUUUACGCGACCAAUCAGAAUGCGGGAAACAUCGUGAUCAGUCAGCUGGACCCUGAGACUCUACAGGUUUUGAACUCAUGGAACACUGAGUACUCCAAAAGGAACGCCGGAGAGUCCUUCAUGAUCUGUGGAACGCUUUACAUCACCAACUCCCACCUGACCGGAGCCAAGGUCUAUUACUCCUACUCCACCAAAACCUCCAGCUACGAGUACACGGACAUCCCCAUCCACAACCAGUACUUCCACAUGUCCAUGCUGGACUACAACGCCAGGGAGAGGGCGCUCUACGGCUGGAACAACGGCCACCAGGUGCUGUUCAACGUCACGCUGUUCCACGUCAUCAAAACCGACGAUGACUCUUGAGGAACACUUGAGAACGUGGAAGCGUGGACGGUCCUCGGUUCUGUAGUCUUGUCUUGUUCCUGUUUAAGUAUAUCUGUACAGUGCAGACAUGAUGUUAAUGAUGUUACCAGUCCAGGUCAAAAAUUAGUUCAAAAAUGAAUUCAAGUAAGAAUCUGCAAAAUUCCAAAAUACAGAAUCUCUGAAAAGUGGUUAAAUCCCAACAGUUCCAGUAAUAAAGAAGUAUCGCCAAUAGAAUAGGACUCUCUGGAACAGAUAAUCAUGAACCUAUUGAUCUGUGGAUCUCAGUAAAGGAACUGUGUUCUCUGGAACAAUGAAAAUCCAGCCAAUACCUUUGGUUACAGGGAUGAGAUUACACUAACCUGAGCUCUUUUCACUGGAUGCAAUCAAAUCCUCAAAGUUAUGUAAGUUAAAUAUCUAGUCAAAAGUCUUCCCUGAACAAAAGAAGCAGGAUAAACUUUUAAUACCCUUGAUUUUUAAGAGAAUACAAUAAAUCAAAAAGUGUCCCAAUACUUUUAUUAAUACUUAAUAUAGUGAGUGUAUCUCUAGCAUGAUUGAGCAGUCCCUAAAAAUUUCAUGGUAAUUCGCAAUAAGGUUAUUUUAUAUAUUUGCAGUUUGGUUGUACGUUUUGCGUAGACGACCGGCUGCAUUGUAAACUGUUGUAACUGUCGAUGUAUUUGCGCUGUGGGUUACUCGUGUUACUGGAGGCCUCCACUAGAGGGCAGCAGCUCAAGCAUUUGUUGACUGCUAGACAAAACCAUAGACCCUGCCUCCUGAUAUAUAUCAGCCGGCCACCAUAUUGGAGGAGUCAACCAGGCACCUCCAGUGCAUUAAUUUACACAGGAAGGGGUUUAAUACAACUAUAAUUUUUUUUUUUAGAUAUUUUAUUCACUUUAUUUAACAAAACCCAACUAGCGCUGCAACUUAUGAUUAUUUUGGUAGUCGAUUAGUCUGAUGAUUUUUUAUUUUUUUUUCGAUUAGUCGAUUAGUCAACGAUUAUUUCUUAGAUGUCGUCCAUCUCAAAAAACAAUAGAAACAGCUGAACAUGAGAUUUAAAAGGUAUUUUAAUGUCCUAUUGGUUUAGUGUGUACUGCAAGUCGAGUACUUUUCAAUUUAAUUACUGAAGAGGAGUCAUCUAUUCGACUUUAGUGGUGCUACAAUCCAAGAAGAAUAAGAAAAGAAGAUAUCUCUACGCUAAAACUCUAUUCUAAAGUUGGGAACCUGCUUCAGAAUUCCAAAACCUCCAGAACAGAUGUUUUAGAUUCUCCAAGGAGUUCUGCUUGUUUAUCUUGAUAACAGAAAACACAGGAGCUCCACUGACUGAAUACAACCUAGACAGACGCCAACAGUCAGACGUUCAUCGCUAUCUUGGCUGCUGGGGAUCCGGCGCUCUCCUCCGAGUGUGCUUGCUGUGAUUCUGCAGAGUGAUGCUUUAUUGAUUUGCGGCAUUUACAAAAGGGGCGGAGUCUCACUUCACAUGUAUGGGAGGAGGCAUGCGCUGGUCCUGACUCUUCUAUUGUUGAGAGCAUCGCUAAGGGAAGGUGCUAAUAGUGCUAAUGAGUGGGUGGGGUUAUUAGUGUGAAUUUGUUUUAAUGAAAUUUAAAAAUGUGUUAAAAUUAAAAACUGGUGGAUUUUGUUAGAACCUGCUGCUAAAACUGUAAAAACAGUUUAAAAGUCAUUUUGUGUUUAUCUUCUAUACAGUAUUAUUCAUAGUUAAUUUUUGUUCUAAAGAGUCAAAUGUUUAAAUAAUAAUAAUAAUAAUAA